ACCAUUCUUGUUUCCCUCUUCCUACACCGCACUCUCUCUUCUUCCUCGUUCUUGAAUCUUUUUAUCUCCUCUGUUUAGAUCCAUGGAUAAUGUUAAGUUCGUGAAGAAUGGUGUUAUGAGAUUACCACCUGGAUUCAGGUUUCAUCCCACUGAUGAGGAGCUUGUGGUUCAGUAUCUCAAGAGAAAAGUCCUUUCUUCUCCAUUACCAGCUUCCAUCAUUCCUGAUUUUGAUGUUUGCAGAGCUGAUCCUUGGGACUUACCUGGCAAUUUGGAGAAAGAGAGGUACUUCUUUAGCACAAGGGAAGCCAAGUACCCAAAUGGGAACCGGUCUAAUAGGGCAACCGGUUCCGGUUAUUGGAAAGCUACAGGUAUUGAUAAACGGAUUGUGACCUCUAGAGGAAAUCAAAUCGUUGGUUUGAAGAAAACACUUGUGUUCUACAAAGGCAAACCACCUCAUGGUUCAAGAACCGAUUGGAUCAUGCAUGAAUAUCGUCUCUCUUCCUCUCCUCCGAGUUCCUUGGGCCCUACUGAGAACUGGGUUCUUUGUCGUAUCUUCCUUAAGAAGAGAGCCAGUAACAACGAUGACGACGGAGAUAACCGGAAUCUUGGUUAUGGUAAUGAACAUAUUGAAAUUACUACAGCAAACCAAACCGAAGAUAAGACCAAACCAAUCUUCUUUGAUUUCAUGAGAAAAGAAAGGACUACGGACUUGAACCUUUUGCCGGGCUCUCCUACUUCCGACCACGCUUCAAGUGGACUCACGACGGAGAUUUUCUCUUCAGAUGAAGAGUCCAGUAGUAGUUGCAAUAGUUUCAGACGAAAUCUUUAAUUUAAUUUUACAUGUUUUUGACUAUCUUAAUAAUUUUAUAUCAAUACGACUCUCCUUCCUUUUUCCCAA